UUUUUGAGACCAUUACGCCGAGACAGAUGUUGGUGAGCGGUGCCGCGCGUAGUGCCGUGUACGUUGUUCCCCCGACGACCGACGCCGACGUUCUCGCGCAGCGCGACGGUGUGACACAGUGCGUUAGUUUUUUUGUUUUGUUGUGGCUUAUUUAUUUGGUGACGGCACAGUGAUCGAUUGGUACCGUGAGGAGUUCAGUGGUGACUUUGGAUUAUUGGCGCCAUGGUCUGAGGAGGAUGAAGUAGACGAUGUACUGAAGCCAGCCAGACCGGGGGGGCUGUACCUUGGGCCGAUAUGGGCCUUUGGGCGAGAUUCUUGCCUCUACUGGCGCUGACGAUAUGGAGGACGUUUGCAGAACAAGUUGUCCUCUUGGAUACGACUGGGGAAGCCAGCUUGGACUGGACGAGGUAUCCAUACGGACCGCAAGCUAACACCCCAGGGUGGGUGGAGGAGAGCUUCACCAACUUCCAGAAGGGCAUCAACUGGAGGUCGUACGUGGUGUGCGACGUGGCGUACAACAACGUCAACAACUGGCUGUGGACGCCCUUCAUCGACAGAGGGGUCGCCAACAGGAUCUACAUAGAAAUUAAGUUCACCAUCAGGGACUGCAGUCUCUUCCCAGGAAAUGCACUUUCUUGCAAGGAGACGUUCAGCCUGCUGUACUACGAGUUCGACGCCGCGACGAGGGAGCCGCCGCCGUGGGACGCCGAACGUUACAAAUUAAUCGGUCGGAUAGCCGCAGGGGACGGCAGGUUCAACACCAAUUCGGAGGUGAACAUCAACACCGAGGUGAAAAGCAUACCGGUGACCAAGAAGGGGGUGUACUUCGCCUUCAGAGACCAAGGGGCGUGCAUUUCUCUUCUUGCCAUUAAAAUUUACUACAUAACAUGUCCGGAGACCACCAUCAACUUUGCCAAAUUCCCUGCCACUCCAACAGGGAAGGAGAUCACCAUCAUAGAACAAGCUCAAGGUACUUGCGUGAGCAACGCCGAGAUGGUCGGGGGAACCCCCACUUACCUGUGCAAAGGUGACGGCAAGUGGACCCUGCCCACAAACGGCUGCAAGUGCAAGGCAGGCUUUGAGCCCAACUUUGAGAAGCAAACCUGCAAUGUGUGUCAACCAGAAACUUAUAAGUCUGAAACCGGAGACGGACCGUGUCUUCCGUGCCCCAAGCACUCCGUGGGCAGCGAGUACGCCCUGACGGAGUGUCGGUGCGUCGACGGCUACUACAGAGCAGCCACCGACCCCAAGAACAUGUCCUGCACCCAGCCGCCGUCGGAACCCUUGAACCUGACUGUCACCUUCGUGGACCAGUCGCAGGUCGCCCUCAGCUGGCUGCCGCCCGAAAACCUCGGCGGAAGGACGGACACCGUCUACAGGGUGAAAUGCGACGCCUGCGUCCACGGACUGGUUCAAUACACUCCGUCCUCCGAAACCUUCAACGAAACGAAAGUCUCCAUCCGCGGCCUGAACGCCGUCACCACGUACCGUUUCCAGAUCUUCGCCGAGAACGGAGUGUCCCAUUUACUGACGCGUUCCGGCUCCAAGUACGCCGACGUGGUGGUGACCACCGAGGCCAGCGUCACCAGCAACAUACCCAACGUGCGCGUCACCUCGGUGAAGAGCACCGAAAUAACGUUGGCCUGGGACGCCCCCACUUUGAACGACGGCUCCGAAUCCGUCGAAACCUACGAGGUCAGGUGGUACGUGAAGAACGACGCCGACCACAACGCCACCAGCAUCCUCACCAGAGACCUGAAGAUUACGAUAACCGAUUUGAAUCAGAGGACGGAGUACGGGCUGCAGGUCAGGGCCAAAACUGAGAACGGAUGGGGCGACUAUUCGCCUGUUAUUUUUAAAACGACCGGACAAGUACUUAACACAGCUUAUAGCCACGACGAUGAAGGCUUUAGAAUCAAGUUGGUGGCUGGAGGUAUCGUCGCCAUCGUUGUAAUUUUAGUCGGCGUUAUAGUUUUGACCGUCGUCUUCCUACGGUCGAGGUCCAACGACGAGUGCAACAAGAAACAGCCCAGUGACUGUGACACACUCGAGUACAGGAACGGAGAAGUUCACCAUACCUUAGAUAAUCCUCCCAUUGUUACAACCCAUACAAAUGUGACCACACCCCUGUUUACUGGAAUAAGUGGCUCGUCCCGCACCUACAUCGACCCCCACACCUACGAGGACCCCAACCAGGCGGUGCGGGAGUUCGCCCGCGAAAUAGACGCCAGCUGCAUCACCAUCGAGGCGAUAAUCGGUGGCGGCGAGUUCGGCGACGUGUGCAAGGGCAAGUUGAAGCUGAACGGCAUCGACAUAGACGUCGCCAUCAAGACGCUGAAGGUGGGCUCGUUGGACAAGUCCCGCAACGACUUCCUCACAGAGGCCUCGAUAAUGGGACAGUUCGAGCAUCCCAACGUCAUCUUCCUGCAGGGCGUCGUCACCAAGUCCAAUCCGGUGAUGAUCAUCACCGAGUACAUGGAGAACGGCUCCCUGGACACGUUCCUGAGGGCCAACGACGGUAAAUUCCAAGUGAUCCAGCUCACUGGCAUGCUCCGGGGUAUAGCCUCGGGCAUGCAGUACCUGAGCGAGAUGAACUACGUGCACAGGGACCUGGCGGCACGCAACGUCCUGGUCAACACGCAGCUGGUCUGCAAGAUAGCCGACUUCGGCCUCAGCAGGGAGAUUGAGAGCGCCACGGAAGGUGCCUACACCACCAGAGGGGGCAAGAUCCCGGUCCGGUGGACGGCGCCCGAGGCCAUAGCCUUCAGGAAGUUCACGUCGGCCAGCGACGUCUGGUCCAUGGGCAUCGUGUGCUGGGAGGUGAUGUCGUACGGCGAGAGGCCGUACUGGAACUGGUCCAACCAAGACGUGAUAAAGAGCAUAGAGAAGGGCUACAGAUUGCCGGCGCCGAUGGACUGUCCCGAGGCAAUAUAUCAACUGAUGCUGGACUGCUGGCAGAAGGAGCGCACCCACAGACCGACCUUCCAGUCGAUAGUCAAAACGUUAGAUAAAUUAAUACGCGUGCCCGACACCCUGAGGAAGAUCGCCCAGAACCGAUCGACGAACCCGCUGUCGGCCGACGCGCCCGACCUGACCAACUUCUCGUCGGUGGAGGAGUGGCUGAACUCCAUAAAGAUGGCCAGGUACCUGGAGAACUUCCACCAGGGCGGCAUCAACAACAUGGACGCGGUGGUCAACCUGACCGUCAAGGAGCUGACGGAGCUGGGCAUCACGCUGGUCGGCCACCAGAAGAAGAUCAUGAACUCGGUCCAGAACAUCCGCGCCCAAAUUAGGGUGAACGGCACGGAAGGUUUUCUAGUGUAAACGUUACCCAAUUCCAGUUACAAUUUAAAUUCAACUAGAGGAACGUGCGGAUCGAUCUCUUUCACAAUCACGGGGACGCAGUGACUUAAUUUUUACGUCUUACGUUUCGGAACGGGGCUUUAUUUAUUUGGUAACCGAACAAAACGAACAUAAUCAAAAUGGAUCCGCUGUGCUCGCUAACAAAACGGACUCAAGUGCAGUGCGAUUUACCCCCUUUUUUAUUGAUUAAUUAAUAUUAUUUAUACGUUGAGAUUUGUGAUUUUUUUGUAUUCUUUUUAUGAUUUUUAUUUUUGUAUAUUUAUUAACGUUUAGGGUCUAUACAAAGUGGUACAGUUGGGACACUUCUUGACAUGAUUAGGUGGCAAGAAAUCGCCAGUUCCAUACAAGUUACUCGUACCAUCGUGUAUAUAUUUUGUAAUUUAUUUCUUCCAAGUUGUUUUAUGAAAGUUUUUAAUAAUUUAUUAUCCUCCCAUAAGAUUAAAAGUGGUUCUGACAAGGAGUAACACCAAAAAAAAAAUAAUAAUGUUUAUAAAAUGGAAUAACGAGAGUGAAUUUAUAUUGUUAUUUUUUCACAUAUCAUAUUUCGGUUGGAUUUCGUUGAGUUUUUUCGGAAAUUUAAAUGAAAUAACAUUAGAUAGAGAAUAUAUGUCUGUAGAAGACCUACGUCUACUAAUUCUAAAAAGAAGGCUUCCAGUCAAAAAAAAGCGGACGCCUGAUUCUUACAGUAAUCCAAAAAAAUAGCAAUAAAUAAAUGUUUUUCGCUAUAUAUAAUAUAUUUAUAUAAGCCCUUCACCGAAGGCCUUCGUUUAAAGUCGCCCCACCCGAAAGGCGACUUUGGCCGAACGACCGGCGGAAGGGGGUCGUGCGAGGCGCACAGGUAUGCAACUUACAAUUCCCAAGUGAAUCAAAAUUAAUUUUCGUUUGUACAGAUGACCGAAUUGAGCAAAAAUGAUUUAAUGAAGUACAAAAUAAUAAAAAAGAAACAGACGGUUGCGUACCCGUGUGUCGUUCGAACCGACCGCGCGGACGGAACAUUCCGGGAAUGAUAUUUUUUGAAUGGCUCUAAAAGCCUCGAAUGUUCCGUCGGACGACAGAUUAAAAAACGAAAGAAUGUACAAUCUUUAACUAUAAUGUAUAUGUACUUAAUUUUUUAUAUGCUCAAAUAAAAUAAACGCCUAAUUCUAUUGCAUUUUUUAUAAAUAUAUUUAAAUAUAAAAGAAUAUUGACUGAAUUUUUGUAUAUCUUCGACUUUUUUUUGUAAUUUGAAUGAAAUUGUUUCACUUUUACGUGGGGAAUUUGCGGUGCAUUGUGGGAGGCCCAAAGAAAACCACGAUGCGCCGUGACUUUCUUCCGACGAACAUUCCAGAUUUUGUAUAAAUAUAAACUAAGCAGCUAUAUUAUUUCCUUAAUUUUUUUUACAUAUAAAUGUCGCGCCUACCAUGUGUAUGAAUGUAUGUGAGAGUGAGCUCUGCAUCGACGGGGGAAUUUUUUCACGCAGUUCCGCUGUCGAUGCGGACAAGUUUUUAAUAUUUCUUAUACGAAAAAAUCUGUGUAAAUUGUAAUAUAUUUGUAACAUAUAAGGAUAUUCCAUAUAAAAUAAAAAAUAGCUUAUUAAA